AUGCUCUGGGACCCAUUUGUGGUAAUUGAUUCUUGUCACUUGGAACGAGUUCAAAGGCGCUUUCUGUCGUCUGCAGCUUACAUGCUAAAAAUUGUCCAUCCUCCUCAUAACUAUACUCCAGUAUUGGACGCACUUAACCUUAUUUCUUUAGCAGAUAAACGCGUUAAAGCUAACCUGGGAUUUUUGCAAAAGUUAAUCGAUGGUUCUAUAAAUUCUCCUUCACUGCUCGAGCAAGUGAACUUUAAAGUUCCACAUCGGGCCACAAGGUCUCGAGUUCCUUUUACUGUACCUCUCCAUUACACAAAUUAG